GGGGAGUUUGAUUUAUGAGAAUGUUAAACGAAAAUUAAAGUCUAGAUGUGUGGACAACGACAAGAGCUAGAAGACGUGAGGCGCUUGUGGACAACGACAAGGUCCGUCUUAGACAUCCUUCCAUUUUUUCUCUCCUUGCCUUCUAAUCCUUUUUGACCACCUGCGGCAGUCACGGACCGAUGUUGGAUGGUUGGCUCUGGCCUUUCCACAAAUGCGGUAUGCUGGCCACUUGGACGGAUCAAGCUUGCUUUGACUUCUUUGAUCAUGUUAGAAGCUUGAAAGGUGACGAUUCGGGAGUACCAAGGUAAAAAAGUUUUUUUUCAGAUACUACGAGUACAGUUUAGUGCAGAGAGAGCGUCUUGUUCGACCUGCUCGUCCUCUACAUGCUGUUUCAUGAUCACGGACAACAAUGGACCACUACUCGAAUCAUACAUUUCAGAAGCUGCAUGAACCUAUUCUUGGCAAAAGUAGAAAACAUCUCUGCAUAGCCACAGGAGGUUUUCGUGUGCCUAUCACUACAACCACGCUUUUUAGAAAAUUCAUUGUAUAUUUUUCGAAGCCCUCGUUAUUGUUUGGAUUUGAUAUGAUUAUUAUACAUUCGUUUUGGGUUCUUGUGGCAAGAAGUAUGUGGAGACACUUGCCAAGUACAACGAUUUACGUAAAUCUAGUCACAACCCGCGCGAGGCAUUUGUAAAUCAAUUUUUCCGAGCACGCUUACCAGACACUCAUUUCACGCUUACCAGUCAUUUAAAUUUUUACGAUCAAUACACAUACAGUUUAUGCUUACUCCAUGGAGGACAUGGUCUGUCGUAAUCGUGCGAAUGAAUAUGAUAAAUGCCUUGUGCUUGGCCUCCAUUUAUGGUAAACAAGAUUGGAGGAACGAACUUUGGACUUCUGUGACCAUUUGACGCUGCAAUACGAUAGACCAAGAAUUAUAUCCAGGAUUCUUUUUGUACGAAAGAAACAC